AUGCAAUUAGGACUCUCAGAAAACCUCUCCACUCUGGUCACAAGGCGAUUUACAACUGCUAGAGAUACCGGACAUCUCGUCUUCUCCUCAACUCAUCUGUCCAUAAUCAAUGCCGCAGGGAUAUCAUACCAACUUCGCUACUGCCCUGCGCUCGCAAAGAAACCCUCUAAUUUAAAGCUCGAUAAUGGCCCGAAAACACCAAAGCCCGAUCCCUUUGAGAAUCCAUCUCCAGAUCUUCUGAUCGCCCAGUUCCCGCCCGAGAACCCCGCUUACAACCUCAUUCUCAACAAAUUCCCCGUCAUCCCAAAUCACUUCCUCCUCGUGACAAGAGAUUGGCGUGCGCAGACGGAUAUCCUCGACAAGUCAGACCUAGAGGCCGCAUACGAGUGUCUAAAAGCCUGGAACACCGACAGCGAUGGAUCUCGAUCUGCAAAUGGCUCUCCGAAGAGCCUCUUCGCUUUCUUCAACUCCGGCGAUGACAGCGGCGCAAGCCAACCACACCGCCACCUCCAAUUCCUCCCCGUUGAAGCAAUGCGACAGCCAGGCUCCGAGUCCUGGCACCCACUGAUCGACCUCCUCACCCCCCACCCACCCACCUCCCCAUCCCCAACACCAAAGUUCAAUCACCUAUCAGGUCUCCCCUUCGCCCACUUCGCUCUCUCAAUCCCACCAAACCCCUCUGCCAAGACCCUGCACGCGAUCUACCUAACCCUCUACAAGGCCGCAGCUGCAGCGACGCGCGGACAAACACCAAGUCAGGAUACCGAGCCGCUCCCUACACAAGGACCGGCGUCUAUCAGCUAUAACCUGGCCAUGACCUGCUCGACGAUGAUGAUCUGCCCGCGCAGACAGGAGACUGCGCUUGUUCCCAUCGACAGCGAGACGGCGCGCGAUAUUGUUGACCCCGGCUUGCUCUCGCUGAAUGGUACUAUCCUUGCUGCAACGCUGAUGGUUAAGGCUGAGGGUGAGUGGGAUGCUUUGCGAGAGAAUCCGGAGCAUUUAACUCAGGUCCUUGCUACCAUUGGAUAUCCUCGUACGGAUUCCCGUGGGCCUUCGCUGUGA